AUUUUAUGUACUCGUGCACUUUUGGAAUUUUGCAGUCACUUCGUCCCAAAUCUUACCAUUGGUGCUCCCGUUAUUGAGAGUCUGAGAAAGCACACAAAGGCAUAUUUGGAUUGCCACCUCAUGGUCACAAAUCCUCUUGAUUACGUCGAACCAUUAGGAAAAGCUGGAGCUUCAGGUUUUACUUUUCACGUUGAAGUCUCCAAAGAUAAUUGGAAAGAACUUGUACAACUGAUCAAGUCAAAAGGCAUGACGCCUGGAGUUUCUCUGAAGCCAGGAACUCCUAUUGAAGACGUGUUUCCACUUCUUGAAGAUGAAAAUCCAGUGGAAUUGGUUCUUGUCAUGACUGUUGAACCUGGAUUUGGUGGGCAGAAGUUCAUGCCACAAAUGAUGGAUAAGGUACGUACACUGCGGAAGAAGUAUCCAUCACUAGACAUAGAGGUGAGUUCUGGUCUUAUUGACACGAUUACGUUUUGUUAGCUUUUUCGUAUUUGUACUUGAUAUUGUUAGUUAUGAAUUUACCCUGCCUGAACGAAACUGAGAUCAAACUCAACUUCCAAAGAAAACCCAU